ACGUGGACGAUCUGUGUGUUUUGCUUUAGUGGCUUGGAAAUGGAAAGAACAGUCUAAAAGUAUCUUCAUGUCAGUGUUAUUUUUGGCGCAGAUUCUCAAGUUGAUUUUCCUUCGUGAAAUCUAAAAUACUAAAAAGACAUCAGUAAUAAAGUUGAUAAGAAAUUGUCCGUAAAAUAAUUAAUACAGUGAGCAACAGAUGCAAUGUCUUCAAACUUCAGUCAAGACGAAAAAUAUCUAAUGCCGUCUCAAUGGACUCGACGAUUUAGUUCAUCUGAAAGUGCAUUGGAACACUAUCUUCCAUCUUUUCAAAAAGAAACCGAAAAAAAUUCAAAAUACUUGAAAAAGGCUAAUGUCAAAUAUGGACCUCGGGAAAGACAAUUACUAGACAUUUAUUACAAAGACCAUGAAGAAGGGACACCCGUUAUCGUAUUCAUACAUGGCGGUUAUUGGCAAGAAUUCAGCAAAGACGUAUCAGCCUUUUGGUUGACUCCAUACCUUGAAAAUGGAUGCCGUGUUAUUUUGCUGGGGUAUGAUUUGUGUCCUGCUGUUACCCUAACCGAACUAGUUGACGAAAUCAAGUGCGGAUUGAAGUAUUCUCUGCAAUAUGCGGCAGAAACAAACGCUAAGGCAGUUUCUAUUGUCGGACAUUCGGCCGGUGCCCACUUAGCAAUUGCUGCUUUCGAUAAGGAAAUAGUGGGACUGCCUAGUAUCAACCUAGUGAGGUCCGUAUAUCUUGUGGCUGGUCUCUACGAUUUGGGCGUAAUCGUCAAUUCUUCUGUGAACGAAAAUAAUAAACUGACAUUAGACGAGUCCAAUGUUCAACAACUUUCUCCAAUGCUGUUCGAUUAUAGCUACUUGAAGGGACAUAAAUUGAAAAUUCACGUGUUCGCAGCGGAGCAUGAGAGUCCUGUGUUUAUAGAGCAAGCAAAAGGAAUGACGAAACAAUUGGAAAAGUUUGGGGUUGAUUCCCAGUACAAAUGUUUACCGGGUGUGGAUCAUUUUGAAAUUAUGGAGAAUUUCGAGAAAAAUGAUUUUGAAUUGACACAUUUACUUCUGGAGGAAUUGAGCUAGAGUACAUUGAUUUUUUUACGCCAACGAGUCAAAACUGAAUGAACAGAAUACAUACAUUAAUUGUCCUCUAUUUACGUUACUGUUGUUGCACAAAAUAUGAUAAUAAACGUCCGAAGGUAAACUCACCACCUUCGUUUGCAAUUUUCCCCGAAA